GGUUUCCACACGUUCAAGUAAAAGUCAAAACAUUGCGGAUUUCGAGUCAAGGGACUGGUUUCUACAGCAAAAAUAGGUUUGCUGUAUACAAUAUCUACUAGUCAUACAUUCAUUUCAAAGGGAUUCAUUCACCAUGGCAACAGAAGAUGGAGGUACACUUAAAAAGCCAAUAUUCCGAGAUAUAGAUGCAGAUGAAGAUGACAUGGAAGUCACUGAGAUGGAGAGUAUGUGUAUGUACUGCCAUGGUAACGGUCAGACCAGAAUGUUGCUGACAAAGAUACCAUUCUUUAAAGAAAUUGUUAUCUCCUCAUUCUCAUGUGAUGAAUGUGGCUUCCAAGACAAGUGUAUUCAGCCUGGAGGGAGGGUGCAGGAGAAGGGCAUUAAUAUCACACUCACUGUUAAACAAAAAAAGGAUCUUCUACGUGAGGUUGUUAAAGCUGACAGUUGCACAGUCUCCAUCCCAAGUUUGGACUUCCAGAUUCCUCCAGGCAAAGGAAGACUUACAACUGUAGAAGGACUCAUACAGAACUCUAUUGAUGAACUCGGUCAAGACCAACCAGUAAGAAAGGCUCUUAAUCCUACAUUAGCAGAACAAAUUGAAGACUUUAUUGGAAAACUAAAAGGACUUAUUGAACUUAGUCAGCCAUUUGAUAUCGUAUUUGAUGAUCCAUCAGGGAACACCUUUGUAGAAAAUCCAUGUGCCCCUGAUGCGGACCCCCAGAUGACGGGUAAACACUUUACAAGGACCACUCAGCAGGAUGUACAGCUAGGCUUACAGUCAGAAGAAGCUUUAGAAAAAGAACAAGAUGCUGGACAAAAUGAAAAGGAAGCUCCUGAGAGUGAAGAAACUCCGAAUAAAACCUCAGAAACACCAGAUGAGCCUAAGAAGGAGGGUGAAGCAGAGCCUAGCGAUGGUGCAGGAAAUAUUGGCAAAGACGAAGUUAUAACAUUUCAUGUCAACUGCCCAGCGUGUAAUAGUCCGUGUGAAAGCAAUAUGAAAGUUGUCGAUAUUCCAUUUUUCAAAGAAGUUGUCAUCAUGGCAACAGUGUGUGAAGCAUGUGGGCAUAGAGAUAAUGAGGUGAAAGGUGGCGCUGGGAUUGCGCCCAAAGGAACGAGGAUCACGCUCAAGUUAACAGAUUCUUCAGACCUUGCCAGGGACAUUUUAAAGUCUGACACUGCAGCUUUUUGUAUUCCACAUCUUGACUUUGAGAUGCAGAGUGGUACACUUGGGGGAAAGUUUACGACUUUGGAAGGACUUUUACUUGACAUGAAAGAUCAGUUGUUGCAGGCAAACCCAUUCUUGACGGGGGAUAGUGCAAACCCUAAUGACAGCCCCUUGGGGAAUAUUGUUGACUCGCUAACAAAGAUAGCUGCUGGGGAGAUGUUAGACAUUACGAUUGUGUUAGAUGACCCUGCUGGUAAUUGCUAUGUACAGAAUGUAUAUGCCCCAGAUGAUGAUCCCAAUAUGAAAAUUGAACACUAUGUGAGAACAAGGGAAGAUGAUGAUGUCCUGGGCAUUCAUGAAAUGAACACUGAAAAUUACAGAUAGCAUAGCUAUAGUAUUUAAGCAAUGUUCUGUUCUAUGCUGGAUGGCCAGGUGGAUGCAAGUGGGCCAAAUUUCCACCUGCAAAAAUUUGAUCUACAUCCACUUGAAAAUUAUGUUUUUUUAGAAAGGUGCAAAAUUGGCAUACUUUCUUGUCAAAAUUGGAAUUUUAAUUAUUUGGUAUGUUUGCAAAAUUUGAAAUAUAUCAAAUCCUGUUUGAAAAUUCAGGUCCAAUCGUGAUGAGAUGAUGAGAACUGACUGUGGGCCUGAGUAUGACUGUCUAGUAAUAUUUGGAAACACAUCCCCAAAUUAAAAUUAUCAGAAUAAGACACAUUUCAGAUAAAUAAUUAUUUAGAUAGUAUUUAUAAGACUAAUUAGUUGGUUAUUAUUAAAAUUAUUAAAAAUACAAUUCAAAAAGAAUUAAGAGCAAGAUUUGGGUCACUGCAAUAUUCUUUGAAAUAGUAAAUCUUAUUAGUUGUUUAAUUGAAUUUAUAUUUAGAGUUGUCUCACAGGAAAUUGAGACAUUUUAUGUUCUCACCAAAGUGGUUUAUAUCAAGUCUACAUGUACUAUUACAUCUAAACAUGUGGUUAGAAAAUUAUUGAUAAAUUUUGAAAAUUUCUUUUUUGAAAAUGUGACUUCUAUGCCGGGAA